AUGGUCGGAAAAUCACAGGAUAUCCGUGGCUUCUUCCAACGGGGUACGAAGCCGGAGCCGGAGCCGAAAUCCCCGUCUCCCCAACCCGUCGGUUCUUCCGAAUCAUCGGCACUAUCUUCAGCCCCGCCAUCGCCUGCCUCACGUGCUUCAACCAAACGAGCCCGCUCCCCAACACCCAUCACGGCCUUCCCGCCUGCCAAAAGGUCUUGCUCUUCAACCCCAGUAGAUUCCCAUUUCCGCCGCAACACCCCACCCCGCCAACCUAACCCGAAACCUCGGCCCCGCGAUGCAGUCAUCGCCGCCUCAGAUGAUGAAGGGUCGGACUCGUCAGACUCUCUCGAAGACGUGACUGCAAUAUGGCAGCGGGUCAACCCGAAUGCUGCGGCCGCAGCGACCGCUCGUCCAGCCGUGGCUGCGGCUAUCACCCCUCCGCGGGCAAAGCGCUCUGCAGUUGCUACUACGCCCCUCACCAUUCGUGCUAAGCGUAUGAUGGCUGAGAAUCAAAAGUACAAUUUGGACGCCCUGAAACGCUUGACCCAGGCAGACCUGGAAGCUGAUGCCAGUCAAAAGAGGGUUUCUGAUAUGCUCAGGAGUAGUCGUGACAGCAGCGCUGAGCCCGAUGCUUUUGAAGAGCAGCUGGCGAGCUACGAGCCGGGAGAUGAUGGCAAGGGCAAUAUUGGCAAGCAGAGAAUGCGUACAGCCAUCAAGAGGGUUGAAGCGCAUUCUACCAGUCAAUGUUACUAUUUUUUUGAGCAAAUUUUGAGACCCGCAACCUCGAAGCAGCUAGGGAAGGACAAGUUUCCUACAAAGGCUGCCACUGGAUGCUGGGAAUUCUUGAAGAAUUCCAAACAAAGAUCACACCACUUUCUGUCUGGUCUGCCACAACAACUGGCGAAACGACAUCAUAAUCUCCCGUCGGAGCUUUUCCUCUGGAUUCUUCGACAAUUGCCUAUCGAGGAGAACAAAAUGCUUCGUCAUCAGUACAUUCUCACGGCCGCUGCAGCCGUAAAAAAUACUGAACUCGGCCAUGGGAUUGAUGACACCCUCCUUCGAGAAUUGCUAAAGGGGCUGGGCAGCAAGCCCAACAGCGUUGACGCGAUGCUCGUGAAGCUUCCCCUCGAGGACGAACUUAGUGAACCAUAUCCCCACUCUGACUGGUCCCAUGUGAUAUCAUUUCUGGAUCUUCUAGCGGCAGUAGUCUCGGCAAGGAAACCUGGUACACCCCCCAGGCUUACCUUGGCUGCGACAACCAAAGCAACUCAAAUCCUACUUCGUAUGGGUCUAGACAGAGCGGUUAUGGACAACACGGAUGUGAUGAACAGCUAUCAUUCUGCUCUCGACUCUCUGUUCGAUGGCGUUCCAGAUGAAGACUGGAACGAUUUCUGCUACGAAGCGAGUAAAUCUUUGUACAGGAGUGUUGAAACCGCCCACCUCCGCUGGCAACCACUUUCAUACAUUGUAGGAGAGACCCCCCGUUCACAUGAUUUCAGGCGCAGACUUGCACUGGUCUUCCUGUUUGAUUCUAUGGCCUGCGCCCGUCAGGCACCAGACGAAUCGGCAAAUAUGCUGGCAAUCAUCGGCCAUGUAGGAUCAACCUUGAGCAUCCGUAACGACACCAACUAUGAAGAGACUGCAGCCGUCUUGAGAUUACUGGAUAUCGCCAUAGAUGAUGGUUUUGGUCGGACACAAGACAAUUUCGACAACCAGGUUGAUGAACUUACAGCCGCACUCAAGUCCGUAUGGAGCAAUAUCAUUGCGACGGGAGGCGGCCAUAGUUCGAGGCUAGACGCUAAAACGUUGGCCGAAUGGAUCCCUGAUAGGCUCAAGUACACUGUACGCACAAGACGUCCACCCAAGUCAAACAUCUACAGUACAGAGGAGGAAGAGCCUGUUGGACAAGACAUUAGGAAAAUGUUCAGCGCAAGAUUAGGGGCGAUCGUGAAACGGGAAGACACAAUUCACGUGAUGACGGAUACCAAGACUGAAAUGGGAUGA